AUGUCUUCCGGUGUCGGCGUCGACGAUGAAGUGAUCACGCAGUUCAACGACUUUAAACUGAAGCGCGCGCCGCACGAUUUCCGCUACUUUAUCUACAAGAUCGUGAACGACUCGGAGAUCGUGAUCGAGGCCACGGGGCCCAGCAGCGAGUCGUACCAGGACAUGGCCGACAAGUUGUCGCAGAUCACGAACGACUGUCGAUACGCAGUCGUGGACUUGGACUUGACCACGAAGGACGGGCGUCCCACCAGCAAGAUCGUCUUUCUCUCGUGGUCGCCCGAUACGGCGCGGAUCAAGUCGAAGAUGCUGUACGCGUCUUCGAAGGAGGCGAUCAAGCGGGUGCUCGUGGGCGUAGGCAUCCACUUGACGGCGACGGACGCGGCGGAGCUCUCGCUCGAGUCGAUCGAAGACGGUGUGGCCAAGUUUCUGUAG